AGCAGGAACUCAUUCCCGGCAGCAGCAGCAUGCAAACUUUCCUCGGAAUCCUGCAGCUUCUGCUGGUCCUUCAGCGGGUACCUGCGCAGAUGUCAGAUGAAGGGGGUCCCAAUACAGUAAUUCAGUUGUCUGAGGUGAUGGCAAAGUGCUCGUGUCAGGUCAUGGACCAGCUGGUGUAUGUGUACGAUGAGUACCCCCAGUCGGUGGAGAACAUCUACGUACCUCACUGUGUGGUGGUUCGCCGAUGCUCUGGUUACUGUUCGGGCGAGGAAUUCAAGUGCCUUCCUACCCUCGAACGCAACGCCACUCUGCAGCUGAAGAUUUCUUCCCAAGAACAGCCCAUGGUGGAGCUCACAUUUCUAGAACAUCAGCAGUGCCAAUGCAGAGACCCUGAGAAUCUUCAGUACUAUGAAAGAUCAGUAAUUAAGUCACAGCAGCAGCAGCAAGUCCACUGAGAGCAGACCUCGGAGGAGGAACCGUACCAAGAAAUGGCUGUAGAAAGUGCCAGUUCCAGACAAGAAGAUCCCUCUUCGCUGAUUUGCACCUGCCCAAAGUAAAAUUAACAGUGGUGAAUAUGGAGUGGUGAACAUCACAUAUCUCCAUCCAUUCCCAUAUAUUUUAUAACUUAUAUACUGUUUUGUUUUGUUUUGUUUUUGCUGAGUAAUCACCAAAGCAACCCUAACCCUGGAUGUGUACAGAUUCCUUUGGCCAUGGCCUCCAUUUUUCCGUUUUCAUCUAUUUAUCUUUUCACUUUAAGCUUGCUGCUGUGUUCCGUUUUCAAAACAGACACAGUACACAGAACACAUACAGAAUAGGAUCAGAGAUAAUGGCUGGAAUGCUUUGAGCUUUUCAACCAGGUUUAAAGCCUAAAUCCAUCCCUUAAGUGUUUAUUAACUUGUCAGAUUAAUGGCAUGUGGUGUCUUUGUGAUUUUUAUUC